AACGUGGUGGUGUUUAAAAUGAAUAGUUAGUGGGUUUAAGAUCAACAGUGAAUAUCAAUUCUGAAAGAAUACUUAUAAAUUAAGACAAUAGAUACAAGAUGUAAAUAUACCAAUACAAGACUGAUCAAUUGUAGUGUUAAAGAUAUGAAUGAAAAGAUUAUCUGCAAAAGAAGAUAGUUAUUAGCAUUCAUUAGAUUAAUGGAUAAUGUUAUGACAUUUGAAACGAACGGUACUAGAUUCGAGUUCCGGGGGGUGUAGCUGUAUCCAACUCAUAAGAGGAAGUGUCACGUGUCCUGGAUUUGAUUGUUAGCCACUGCUCAUCUUUGUUUAUUUUGUUUAUUUGUUUUUAUUUUGAUUAUUUUUAAAAUGAAACUUUACAUUGUUUAUUGAUUAAAUUCCUAUGUGUUUUUGUGUGGUUGUUAUACAAUGGCUCUAUUUAUUUGAACAUAUAAAUAUUGGUACAAAGGGGCACCGAAUACAUAUGCGCCAUACAAGUUACUUGAUUUGUAUGUGUACCAGAAUACUGACUGGAUUCUCAUACCGAAUCAGAUAGUUUCCUUAAGAAGGGGCACACUCCGACAGGAAACCCUGUCGAUUACCUCCAAUCACCAUCUAAUCUCACAAUAGUGUCCGCAGUGUCGAGUCACCUAGACUGGUGGCCACAUUGCAACAUGAUCGAUAGCAUUCGAUCUGCACUAAUAAUAAGGACUAGACACGCAUGACAUUGGUUACCACCCAGUGAUCAAUCAAUGGUGAGGAUUCAUUCUUUCCAUAACAAAUAUUGUAGACAAAUUCUUUCAGUUGUUGAGUAGUUCACGCAGAACUACUUAGGGUCGUUAAUACCAUAGAAGAUAAGCUUUAGGUAGCUACACGACUGGUUUAUAAUCCCCAAAUGUACAACAUUGUCUACUCAUUAAAUCAUUUGUAAUGAUCUCUCUUUUUCCUUUAUUUUUUUACACCAUUGAGUUGAUUACUACUAUGAAUCCGGUGUUCGUCUUGCUGUACUAAUGAGGUGUGACAGCCUGGACUGAUACAUGUAUGUGCAUGAUCCUACGUUGUGAAUGACUGACUGACUGAGUCCUGCCUUCUGUAAAAGUUCGAUGAUUUGUAACUGAUGAUUGUAUAGUCUGUUAAUAUAGCAUCGACAUGAAUACAACACCCUAAUGUCAUCAAGGAAAAAAUCACGUGUCUGCUGUCGUCGAGUACAAAGGAAGAAUUUUAAUGUUAUGAAACAACAAGAGAUCAAAUCAAGAUUGAAAACUACUCGAACAGUACUUAAACAAAGUGGACAUCGAGAAGUUUCGCCUCCAUCUACUAGCGUAAUAUCGCAAAAUUCACAAUCAACUGGUCUAGUUUAUGAUGAACGUAUGCUUAAACAUAAACAUGAAUGGUUUAUUGGAGAACAAGAAAGUCCACGUCGUAUUCAACAAGCAUUUCAUCGUUGUGUAGAAGAAAAUUUAGUUUCACGAUGUAUACGAGUACCGGCUAUUCCUAUCAGUGAAGAUGAUUUAACUCUUGUACAUGAUAAAUGGUAUGUAGAGAAAAUCAAACAAUCAUGUUAUAUGUCUAAUCGUGAAUUAUAUUCAUUAUCCGGAGAAUAUGAUGGAGUCUUCUUUAAUCGGUACACAUGGCUUUGUGCAACAUUAGCAGCUGGAAGUGUAAAACAUUUAACGGAAUUAAUUAUUACUAAUCAAUUAUCGAAUGGUUUAGCAUUAAUUCGUCCACCAGGUCAUCAUGCUAUGCGUUCAGAAGCUUGUGGUUAUUGUAUAUUUAAUAAUAUUGCUAUUACAGUUGCUAGUCUCCUUCAACCUCAUAAUAGAAUUAUCCCAGUAACAAAGAAAUCAAUCAAUAAACAUAAUAUAACUUAUUUACAACGUAUCUUAAUUAUUGAUUGGGAUGUACAUCAUGGACAAGGAACACAAUAUACAUUUUAUAAUGAUAAUCGUGUCCUUUACAUUUCUAUUCAUCGUUAUGAGAAAGCAAAAUUUUGGCCAAAUUUACGUGAAGCAAAUUAUGAUUUUAUUGGUGAAAACUUAGGCAAAGGUUAUAAUGUUAAUAUUCCAUUAGAAGAGAUCGGUAUGACGGACUCGGAUUAUCUCGCUAUAUUUUACCGUCUGAUUAUGCCUAUCGCUACAGAGUUUAAUCCUCAGCUGAUACUGGUUUCUUGUGGGUUUGACGCAGCGAUCGGUUGUCCAGAGGGUAGAAUGUGGUUAACUCCAAUGAUAUUUGGUCAUUUUAUACAUAAAUUAAAAUCUUUAGCUGGAGGUAAAGUUGUUGUCGUUCUUGAAGGUGGUUAUUUCGUUGAUAGUUUGGCUGAAGGAAUUGUUCAUGUUUUAAAAGCAUUACUUGGUGAUCCAUUAUCACCUAUACGAUUAAUUCAACCACCAUGUUCAAGUGUUAAAGAUACUAUUGAAUCAUGUAUAACUGUACUAAGUCCUUAUUGGAAAAGUCUUUUGAAUAGUUCUCAACCUGUACAACUUGAAAGUAUGGAACAUUUACCAACAAUAACAUGGCCAAUAGUAAAGGUGAUAACAUGGCCUGAAACUAAUCCUCAAUUACCUAGAGUACUAACAAAUUAUAUUCAACAUUUAAUAAAUAAUCAAUUUCCAGCACCAUUAUCAAUAUCGAAUGAAAUAAUUCAACAGAUGACUUUGAUAUUGAUGUUAACAUCACAAGCAUCAGAGCUGCUUGAUUUACAAUAUGAGUCAACUAAUGUUCAUGAAAGAAAAAGAAGAAGAAGAAGAAGAAGAAAACAACAGAAAGUUACGCUAGAAAGCUUAACGCAUAAAUUACUGAAUGAUCAACUUCAUAUACAUCUAUACAAUAAAUAUGAUGCACCUAUACAAGUUUACUCCAAUUCAAAAUCAUCUACAAAACUUCGAUCUACACAAUCAUCUUAUUCAUCCAUUUCAUCUAUUCCUACUAACCCAAUUAACAAUCCUAUCAAUACUAUUCAUCCUAUAGAUGAUCACAUCCAUUCAAUAGAUCAAUUAUAUUUUAAACAAUCUAUACCAGGCGUUCUUCAUUUAUCUUCUUAUAAACCUUCUCUUUAUGAUGAGUUCAUUCAACCUAAUAAACAAUUGAAAGAUUUACUAAUGAAUAAACUACAUAUAAAAUGUAAUUGUUUAAGUUAUCUACUUCAUUCCAAAUAUCAAAUCAUCAAUGAUUCGCUGGAAUAUAAACAACGGAAUGUAUCAGAAGAUUUUCAAACUACUAUCAUUCAUGCAUUAUGUUUAAUUUUAAUGGGACAGUUUCAUCAAGUUUAUUUUGUUAAUCAUUCAUUCAGUUUAAUAGAAUUAAUUGAAACUAUAACAAAUAUCCCUAUGGAAUUAAUAAUUGAUUAUCGUAAAAGAAUAUUUAAACCAAAAGAUUUACAAAUGAAUACACCUAAUGAUCAUUCAAUCGAUUUUAUGAGUAACACUACAUUCAUAAACAAUAAUGAUAAUAAAAUUUUACAAAAGUUAUCAUCUAUCUACUCUUAUCCAAAUAGAUCAAAUUCAUUUCCUAUAACCUUAGCAUCCAUCUCUUCAUCAUCUUUAUUUGAUUGUAGAUCUCAAAUUAAUAAAAAUGAGAAUUUCUACAAUAGACCAUAUCGUAUAUUAGUAUUGGAUUUGAAUGGAAUACAACAAAUAGACAAUAAGCAAUUGAAUCAAUUUCAAUGUUUAACUAAAGGAAUGAAUAGAAACAUGAAGUGCCAUUUUAUUUGGUGUUCAAUUUAUUAUGAUGAUAAAUGGACAAAUCAACUAUUGAUCAAACCGAAUGAAUUAUGUGCUAAAGAUUUCUAUACUUAUGAUUCAGAGUCAAAUCAUAAUGAUAUAGUGAUACAUCAUAUAGUUUGGCUUAAAAUUCCCCUUCCAACUGGAAUAGAAAACAUUGACAAUAUGAAUGAAACAAUCAAUCAUACAAAUAAGAAAUUACAAUCAAAAACUGUUAAUCAUGAUAUAAAUAUGAUCAAUCUAUUAUCAAUAUUGUAUCAUAUAUUUUUACCAAUAUCCUAUGAAUAUGAACCAGAUCUUAUUUAUCUAUUGAAUGGAUCUAAUCAAAUGAAAAAUGAAUUUGUCACAUUUGAAAGUUUAGCUCGAAUAAUUUAUUUAAUCAAUGGAUUAAGUAUACCAAUAUUGAUUAAUGGAUCCUCUAUAAAUGAAUUAUCAUCAAAUUAUUUAAUACAAUGUUUACAUGGAAAGCCAAUAACGAUUGGAUUCAAUGAAUUCAAAUCAAUUUCACCAUCAUCAAAAAUGAAACGGAUUAUUCAGCUUAUUAUACAACAGAAUCAUCAAAGAUGGAAAUGUUUAGGAUAUUUUUGAACUGUUUCAAAAGUGAAUCAAUGUACCAGUAAUGCAAAUUUAUAAACGACUGCUUUCUAUUGUAAUCUUAUAAGAAAUGUAUUGAAUUUACUCAUGUCGUUUGAUUGAAUAAAAUACUUAAACUAUUUA